UCCAUUAUACUCUUACUAGUUGAUAUUUGUCUUGGGAUUUUGUAAUGUGUGACUGAACUUUUUGGUUGUCAUUGUUCCAUUGAAAUGAAGAGAAUACGGGACUUACAAAUUGCGUUUAGUCCAAAUAGGAUAAAGGGGACAUGGGGGUGAGGAAAAGGAGACUUGGACGAAGGAAGGAUAGACUUUGGUUUUUUUCUCUUGUCUAUGUGAAGGUUAGAUACUCUGAUCUUGAGAGACUAAGGAAUCAUCAAAUGAGCAGUUUUUGGAGUUGGGGAAAGUGCUUGGUCAGACUAGGUUUAUCCGUGGAAGCUGCUGCUGGAAGAGAUACCAAGCCAACAUUAACAUACUCAGUACCUUCCCCUUCACUUUCCAAAGCUCGUUCUGAAACAGAUGGAAUAGCUGAAACUGGAGCUUCCUCCUCAUCAGACACAACAGACUUGGUAACAACAGCUUGUCUACCACCCAAGCUAUCAAUUCUCCUACAAGAGACAUCUGAAAUUGAAGUCUUGCUAUCACUGUUUGAACUAGGGGAAGUUUUAUCAUUUGUAUCAUCUAAUUAGUCAGACUCUUUUAUGUAGUUUUUGUCGGGGAAUUGUUUUCCCCGCUAAUGUAAUGAAUCUUUAUUCAAUGGUUGAAUUGUAUAUUGUACA